CCGACCGAAUAUCAACAGUAGACGAGCUGUGGAGUCCCUUCGCAGGCCGUCGACACGUCGUUCUAUUCUCCGAAGGAAAUUCGAAACGGCGUUCGAACCGCGUGUUCCCGACAAUCUUUGUUCGACGAGUGUUCCUGUUCACCUCAUUGAGGACAAGUCAAUGUUAGCUCUGAGGAGACUCCUUCAAUGAUCACUGCUCUACCGGAAAGUUAAGACUACCCUCAACGAUGUGCCCAAUGCUGCCAAUAACUUUGUUAGCGAUCCUCUUAUUCGCUUUCAUAGAGCUCACAUCAGCUGCCUCCAUCGGCACCGGCUCCCUGCGCUUUGAGCCUGACAUGGUCCAAGUUUUCGAUGGUCAGAGUACCAUGGUGGUCUUCAGAUCUACAGAGCCAAUCAAUGAGAAUCCUAGAGAUGGAUCGAAGCCUACUGUUUUCGAAUGCUUCGUGAAGUCUUCAUCUGAAGCCACUGCAAUCACUGACAUGUGUGAAGUACACUACAACUCGAGUACGAGACAUCUCGAAGGGAGGCUUCGAGUCAAGGGGGACUUGAUAGGGCAUGCUGUCGCGGACGUUGAGAUCAGAGCGGAUUCUGUCGAGAUUCACCGCCAGCAGCUGUCCAUAACUGUUAUUCUGUACAAAACCGUUGUUCAGCACAUAUUCCUUGGGAGCGUCAUACUCCUCGUCUCCCUGAAUUAUGUCAAUAUGGGUUGUGCGAUAGACAUGCAUCUGAUAAAAGAGACCCUGAAGAAACCGAUCGGGCCGAUCGUAGGACUCGUCACGCAAUUCGGUGUGAUGCCUUCGAUCGCGUACGUCGUUGCGACGAACUUCCUCGAUGAAGCUUAUCUGAAACUAGGACUCUUCACCUUCGGCUGUUCCCCGGGCGGUGGAGCUUCCAACAUGUGGACCGUGCUCUUAGGUGGAAACCUCGACCUCUCUGUCACGAUGACCUUCAUAUCGACGAUAGCCUCUCUAGGUUUCAUGCCUUUGUGGUUAUUCACAGCCGGCAAAACGUUUUUCAAGGAAGCUGCUCCGAAAAUCCCGUUUCAGAACAUCGUAUCUGGUCUCGUCGCCAUGGUGAUCCCCCUCGGUGUGGGUCUCAUCAUGCAAAGGUACUGUCCGAAAGGCACAGCGUUCUGUCGUAAAAUUCUCGCGCCUUUCUCGGUGAUGAUGAUCAUAUUCAUAGUCAUUUUUGGAACCUACGCAAACCUCUACAUGUUCCGUCUCAUCACUUGGGAGAUCGCGCUCGCAACUGUACUGAAUGUUUGGACUGGUUUCCUGAUCGGUAUAAUCUUAGCUCGCGUGAUUGGACUGCCCUGGAGGGAUGCCAUCGCAGUGAUGGUCGAGACCGGUAUCCAGAACACCGGUGUGGCCAUUGUGCUCUUGGGUGUGUCUCUACCGAAGCCCGACGGCGACAUGGCAACGAUUGUGCCAGUGGCUGCCUCUACGGUUACACCUAUCCCUCUCACGAUUCUAUGGCUGGCUCUGAGGUAUCUACGAUGCCCUUCGUCGAAGGAUAAAGUCAGAGACAUGAGCAACGGAGAGGUGAAAUUUCAACCCAUAGAGACCGCGUAGGUCAUUUAUUAUACGUACCUGUGAUAUGUAGGAACCGACCAACAGUAUGCGACGAGAGUCGUGUGGCAGGAACUCUGACACACAAAGAUCCAUGAUAUACAUAUAUUGAAGCGCACGAAUCGAUCACGGUGCGCCGUAUAAUUCGCAAAGACUCGCAAAUCGGCCACCGGUUUGAGUUGCCAUAUGAUUGAGGACUUCCUCGAUGCCACCAGGUCUCUGAAUGAUUCUCAUUGCUCUGACGAAUGCUGUUUAUUGGUUGAUUUCAUGAAUCCGAUGUUCCAAAAGAGAGAAAGAGCGAGGAGUUGUUACCCUAGAAUAAACACGAAGGAAGUCCGAUGGA